AUGCCUGAGUCCAUCACCCUCUACUCCGCCAAGAUCUGCCCGUACGCCCACAGGGCCGAAAUCGCCCUCGCUGAGGCCAAGGCGCCGCACAAGCGCUUCGAAAUCGAUCUCUCGAACAAGCCCGAGUGGUACGCGCCCAAGGUCAACCCCGCUAGCAAGGUCCCCGCGAUCGCGUACGGCGGCCCAGACGUCGCGCCCGACGCGCCCUCGCCCGAGUCGACCAAGAUCGCGGAGUCGCUCGUGCUCGUCGAGCUCGUCGGCGACCUCUACCCCGCGUCCGGGAUCGUGCCCGCGGACCCGAUUGCGCGCGCCCAGGCUCGCUUCUUCAUCGAGGGCGUCUCCACCAAGUUCGUCCCGCACUGGUACGCGUACCAGAUGCGCAACGGCGCGCUCGACGACGUCUGGAAGGGCGUCGAGUACGUCCAGAGCCUCCUGCCCCCCACCGGCUUCGCCACGGGGGAGUACAGCAUGGCGGACAUCGCGAUCACGCCCUUCCUCGCCCGCGCGCGCCUCUCGCUCCUCAACAGCAUCGGCACCUUCCAGCCCGACGAGGCCAAGACUGUGUGGGCGACGCUGACCGACAAGAACGGUAAGUACGCGCGGUUCGCGCAGUACAUCGACGACCUGUUCGCCCGCGAGAGCUUCAAGGCGACGUUCGACGAGGCGUUCGUCACGGAGGCGUUCCAGAAGCGCAUUGGAGCCAUGCUUGCCAAGAAGUAA